UAACAUCGAUCAGCAUCAUCACCAUCAAGCAGCGGUUUAAAUAGGCUAGCUAGCUAGUAUAGUUAUAGUGCUGGUAUCAUCAGGAAAGGCAAGAAGGAAAAAGAUGAGCGAUUACGGGAGCAGUGAUGAUGAGGAGAAGACCUUUCUGAAGGUCUUGAAUCCAUCUGGAGUUCACGCUGGAAGCAAGGAGCCGCAAAACGAGAAAGCGAAGGACGAAACCACGUCCUGUCAGAUCGCCAAUCAUACAAAAUUGGCUGACAGCAGCCACAAUCUUGGGAUGAAUGAUGCAGAAACAAAGACUGGCAAAAAUCCCAGUGGCAGCAAAGGGUUCGCUGAUUGGGAGCAAAAUGAAGAAGCCAGAGCUACUCCCGUGGCCAACGUGCCAACAGUUGCGAGACGCGAGGUGUCCACUGCAUCCAACAUGAGUGGUGGCAGCAUCCCUCCACCUCCACAGCCAUAUCUACAACGAUCCAUACCCAUUCAGCCUGUCAUUGGGUUGGAUUGGGACAAUCCCGAGUUUGCCCCAGGAGCCGUUCGCGUUUUUGGACCCAACUAUACGCAUUCCACCACUUCCUCUCUUCCAGGAGAAUCCUCCGAAAGCAGCAGCAGCUGUAGCAGUCAUCCAAGUAAUACGACCGCUGGAGAGGACGUGGCAACCCCUGUGGUAACUACAGCUGUUCGCGUCCAAGAUCCCGACAUUACCCGACGAGAAAUCGAAGCAGAAAUUCGACAAUCCAUUAUGAACGAGGUCGUACUAGCUGAUGCCGUGGUCAUUCCAGUUUCGGAUAGCAAUGAUCAGGAGGGUGGAAUCCAAUCUGAUGACGCCAAUCAUCUACGAGUAGGGAAACGAAAGAGAUUGUGCCUAUACUUGAUUCUUGCUCUCGUGCUGCUGGCAGUUGUGGCGGUAGUGGCGGGAAUAGCAUUACCUCGGGCCUCUACAAACUCAACUUCUACGGGAGCGGGUACCAGUGAAUCAUCACUUGUCAACAACGCUACGACCAAGUCAACCCUCGAAAUUGUUCGAGAGCGGGGUUAUGUCAAAUGUGGGGUUUCCGAUGGAUUUGUCGGCUUUGCCAGUACCGCACGAACUGGGAAACUGGAAGGCAUCAGUGUUGACCAAUGCCGCGCAAUCGCCAUUGUCGUCUUUGGAAAUCCAAAUCAGGUGGAACUGAUCGAUAUCACAAUAUUCGAGCGGGGUCAAAAGCUAUAUGAAAGAACCGUGGAUGUCGUGGGGCAAUAUGUCCUCAAGAGAAUGAAACCAGAUGUGCACGACCCCGCCUUUGGGAGAGGGUUGACUUUCUCGGCGCCCUUCUUUUACAGUGGCUUUGGCUUUGUGGGGGAGCCUUCCCUUGUGGAUUGUGCCGAUAGGCUGGACAGUUUUUCAGAGGAAUGUCGGCCACUUCGUCUUUGUGUCACUGUGAACACUGUCAAUGAAGAUACACUGCAGGAAGUCUUGCCAGGGGCAGUUGUAGUGCCAUGUGAUCUUCCAAUUGACUUGACCCACAAGUUUAUAAGGGGAGACUGUAAUGUCCUGGCAACUCAACCUGCCGGAGCAGCAGAGGAACGUUUCCGGCUAGCAGGCUAUGAUCGGGAAUUCAAGGUUGGGGAGAACCUGUUUUCAAUGGAGGCCAUGGGUAUGGUCACUAUUGAUGAUGAUCCUGAAUGGGCACGGGUUGUGAAUUUGGUCAUACUUACAUUUUUCAUUGCAGAGGCACACAGCAUUACUCAAGCCAACGCAGAAGAUAUGCGGUCUCUGUUCCACGUUGAGGACCAAAACAAUCCCAUGGCCUAUUCCAUGGUGACCAUUGUCAAUCAGUUUGGUAACUAUGCCGAGCUGUAUGAGAGACACUUGGAGUCAGUGGCCCCAAGAAGAGGUCCCAAUAUCCUUUACUCCCAAUCAGAUACCUCCGGGCGACUCUAUUCAGUACCCUUUCGCAACUUGGAUGUGGUUGGACCGGGGCCCAUCCCCAAUCGCACCCUUGAUACUAUUAUCAAAAGGGGUCACCUAAGAUGCGGAGUGCGUGCACACAAAGGGUUUGCCAAUGUUCCUGCAGAUGCAGAGGACAAAUGGUCUGGGUUGGAUGUUGAAUUCUGCAGGGCUCUGGGAGCAGCAAUAUUUGCAGGAACCUUGUCAUCAGUAGAGUUUGUGGAUCUGGCAGCCAUGGAAGCAAACAGCAACAGAGUUGAUUUUGGACACGGCAAUACACUGCUCGCUGACAGUUUCGUGGAUGUUAUUGCAGGAAGUCGAGUUUCAAUCAAGCUUAUGUUAGGCAGUGAAGCUGCUCCAGGUUUUUGCUUUGGACAAACUUACUUUGUGAAUGCUGGAACUAUGAGUGAGUAUGCUUUGAUGACAAGAGAUGAUGAUAGUCAGUGGGUAGCAUUUGUUUAUUGGGUAACAAUGGCCAUCAUCUAUGCUGAGGAAAAGUCCAUUGGUCAGAUGGAUUUUGUACAAAUGCCCAUCACACGGCUGUUUGGUGAGGAACUCAAGCAGUGCUUUCGAGACUCUGUAGCUGCAGUGGGCAACUACGGAGAAAUCUACAAUCGGACGUUGCAAUCUAUUUUGCCACGUUCUGGUCCAAACAUGUUGAAUGAACAAAUCAAUGGCUCCGGCCUGGGUCCACAACAUGUUGCUGUUCCGUUGUACUGAUUGCUUCGGCGUGUCCGUCUAAUAGAUUACCGUAAGAACACGUCCCUUUCGAGGAUCCAGCAAAGGUUCCAAUCUGCUCUGAUGUCUGAAAGCUGAUUGAACGUGAGAUUGGAACCUUCAUCAAGUUUGGGGUGCAUAGCCAGAGUGUUGAAAUGGUUGAGUGUCUUGCCCCAGCAUGCUCCACCCUUGAUUUCAACAACAAAGUAUGGGGCACACCAGCUUUUGCCUUUGUCGUCAAAACACUUGGGUUUGAAAUGGAACGGCGUCGCUAACUUCCAAGAGAUUUUAAAGCGCUGCAUUGCGGAGAAUUUGGCUGUUCCACCACGCGACGAGUGAUCAUUUCCCUCCGGUGCUUCUUUGCUUUCCUAUUUACUAGACUUCUGAUUUGUCUGAUUUGUCUUUUCUUUUUCUCC